GAAAUAACUUUGUACAAAUAUUGAUAGAUGGUGCAAAAAUUGAAAUCUGCCGCGCGUAUUUUGUUCAAAUUUUCAAUUUAUGGACCAUAAUAUAGAAAUCCUAAUAUCAAUUUAUUCUCGAAUGUAUACAUUGAAAAUUGAAGUGCCAACUUGACAUUAUUGAGCUGCGUCACUUGAGUUGUACUCAGCACUUCUGCGAAUGAAAUGCUGAAAUUUAUUGGAUCUAAUUAUAAUUUCUUUAUCAAGAGCGCCGUAGGUCGUGAGUUUUUAAUGGAGGAAGAGUCAAAGUGACCACCAGGAGUAAUUUAUGUAUCUUGAUGUUUAUUGAAAAUGAGUACAAAAGAUGGUCCUGAUAAUGUUAUUGCUGAAAAUGAGAAAAAGCCAGGGACCAUUAUAGAGAACUACUUAGUUGUUAAAGAAGAGAACCCGGAACAAACAAUUAGUAGAUUCUAUGCUUUUCAAACUCCUAAUUUGUCAAUUGCCAAGCCAGUAAGUUCUAUAUGGAAAUUUAUGAAAGAGGAGGAAUUGGAUCAAUUUAUGAAACUUCAAAGAAAGAGCGAUAUCAAAAAGAAAAUAGAUUCCAAGAUGGAACAGGACUUUCCCAAAGGAAACGCCAGAAUUUUAUAUAUUGAGUUGAUGUACACCACAACUAUGUUUUGCAAAAAAUAUGACUUGAGCCUGCAGAAAAGUGCUGCAGUUUUGUCUCAAUUUCACUUAACCCACAUUUAUUUCACAAGUAAUUUUAAUGUAUCUGCUGAAAAAGCAUAUCUUUACUUCAAAGAACUUUCCAUGUCUCAUAGUCUUCCGUUUCUUCCUGAAAAUUCCAAAGUAUUCUCACAUAGUGAAAUUAAAAUGAUACUGGAGUUCUUCUGCAAAUUAUAUCUGAGAUUCCUUCCUCUUAUAAGAUUUCUCUCCUUGCCAAAUUUUGCAUUUUAUUUAGGUUACAAUCCAGAACCUGAUGUAGAAUUGCCUGACCCUGAGAUAGCAUCUGGUCAAUUCAAGGGAAAGAUUGGAGAACAGGGCAAGAAAGGAAAAGUCAAAUCACAGAAAACAAAAUCUAAUAAAAAAGGAAAAUCAUAACCACAUUUAUUCUAUGGAUUUAUUAUCAAUAAAUUAUCGUUUGUUAUCAA